CCGGCGCCUGCGCGCUGCGGGCUUCGGGGCCUCCCGGCCUGAGGGAGAGGAGCGGGGAAGAUGGCGGCUGUGGUGGAGAAUGUAGUGAAGCUCCUUGGGGAGCAGUACUACAAAGAUGCCAUGGAGCAGUGCCACAAUUACAACGCCCGCCUCUGUGCUGAGCGCAGCGUGCGCCUGCCUUUCUUGGACUCUCAGACUGGAGUAGCUCAGAGCAACUGUUACAUCUGGAUGGAAAAGCGACACCGAGGUCCAGGGUUGGCCUCUGGACAACUGUACUCCUACCCUGCCCGGCGCUGGCGGAAAAAGCGGAGAGCCCACCCCCCUGAGGAUCCACGGCUUUCCUUCCCAUCUAUUAAACCAGAUACCGACCAGACCCUGAAGAAAGAGGGGCUGAUCUCUCAGGAUGGUAGCAGUUUAGAGGCUCUGUUGCGCACUGACCCUCUGGAAAAGCGAGGAGCCCCAGAUCCCCGAGUUGAUGAUGACAGCCUGGGCGAGUUUCCCGUGACCAACAGUCGAGCACGGAAGCGUAUCCUAGAACCGGAUGACUUCUUGGAUGACCUCGAUGAUGAGGACUAUGAAGAAGACACUCCCAAGCGUCGGGGCAAGGGGAAAUCCAAGGGUAAGGGUGUGGGCAGUGCCCGUAAGAAGCUGGAUGCUUCCAUCCUGGAGGAUCGGGACAAGCCCUAUGCCUGUGACAAUAGUUUCAAACAAAAGCAUACCUCGAAAGCGCCCCAGAGAGUUUGUGGAAAACGUUACAAGAACCGACCAGGCCUAAGUUACCACUACGCCCACUCCCACCUGGCUGAGGAAGAGGGCGAGGACAAGGAGGACUCCCAGCCGCCCACCCCUGUUUCCCAGAGGUCUGAGGAGCAGAAAUCCAAGAAGGGUCCUGAUGGAUUGGCCCUGCCCAACAACUACUGCGACUUCUGCCUGGGGGACUCAAAGAUCAACAAGAAGACAGGACAACCUGAGGAGCUGGUGUCUUGUUCUGACUGUGGCCGCUCAGGGCAUCCAUCUUGCCUCCAGUUCACGCCCGUGAUGAUGGCGGCGGUGAAGACCUACCGCUGGCAGUGCAUUGAGUGCAAGUGUUGCAACAUCUGCGGCACCUCUGAGAAUGACGACCAGCUGCUCUUCUGUGAUGACUGCGAUCGCGGAUACCACAUGUACUGUCUCACCCCGUCCAUGUCUGAGCCUCCUGAAGGAAGUUGGAGCUGCCACUUGUGUCUGGACCUGUUGAAGGAGAAAGCUUCCAUCUACCAGAACCAGAACUCCUCUUGAUGUGGCCCCCCUGCUCCCCCACACAUCUAAAGCUGUUUCUGUCCUCCACCUUGUUUUUCAUACCCACCUUUCCCUUCCUCGUCCUCUCUUUCACAAGUCCAGACAACCUCGGGGUGGUUGUGCCAACCUGCCUUUGGCAGCAGCAAGCUGAGGUGGCAGCUCUGACCACCUCUAGCCCCAGGCCCUCAGGGAGAAAGGAGCAGCACACUGCCCCAAGGCAUACCUGUGGGCUCAGCUUCUCUCUGCUCUCCAUGAAGUGCAUUCACUCUGCUUGCCUUGGGCCCAAGCCCUGGUGAUCACAGGGUUCAGACGGUGUCCUCCGAGAGAGUGGGAGAGCAGCUGUCUUCUCUCUCAGCUCUGCCUCCACUCUGGUCUCCAGGGUUUUCCCUUCCCCCAGAGGCGAGCCAGGCCAGGGCCUCUUUGCCAGGAGUAGCUGGGAAUGAGCAUCGCUUUCCAUGCCCUUUGUGCUGCUUAGCCUCACCUCCUUCCUUCAGAGCAGCUCUCUGUGUGUCCUUUGCCUGAGCCAGGACACUUGGUCACCCUCCUGGUUCUGCUCUGUCCCAUCCACCGCGGGGGGAAUAGCAGCUUCACCCUGUUCUUCCCUGUGCUCGCCUGGCUCACUCGCAGGUGGUCUCUAGUGACCGAAGCAUUCCCCACCCUCGGAAUUUCCCAUCUCUUGCCUCCCCUCCUUAUUCCCUUUGGUUUUGUGGGGGGAGGGGAAGCAUCAAGGGGCCAGGCCAGCAACUUGGGGGCCACGGGGAGAUGUUGGAUAAUGUGCCUGUUUUUUAACGCGACGAAAAAGCCUACCUCCAAAAUCCCCUUUUUGUUCUUCCUGGACCUGGGCAUUCAGCCUCUUGCCCUUAACUGAAUUGGGAGCCUCUGCCUCCUGCCCUGUCCUGGCUUCCAGGUCAUGGAGAAGCUACAUAGACAUCACUUUCUUCCCUUGCACACACGCUAGCAGCUGGUAAGGUCUUCAUGCCCAGAUUCCUCAGUUUUCUGCUUAGUGGCACUGACAUUAAGUAGUAGGGAGGACAGUCCAUUGCAGGAUACCCUGGAGUGGUCUUCUCCCUUGGCCAUGGGCAGGCCCUAACUCACUGUUGCUUUGGAAUUGAGGUGUCUUUUUCCCCAUUUCUUUAGUUCCUGUAUUGUAAACAUUAGUAAAAAUAAACAUUUUUACACAGCUC